UUCUCACAAAGGGAGCGCUUGAAGAAGGAAAGGAAAGUAGAGAAAUUUGGCAAAGUUUGUUCACAAAAUACGAAAAAAGAAGAAGGAAAAGAACAGAGGCAGCGCUGGUCUAUUUGAUUUGGAAACAUUUGUGCUGUUGAUGUGCCAUAAUUUGUGUGUGUGAAGAGACCUUUUGUUGAGUUGUGGGUUCAACAAUGCCUCUAUUGAAGAAAAAGCCGUUUCUUUUGUUCCAAACACCCAAGGAUUUGAAGCCUAAUGAGCUUGUAUAUCAAGUUCGUUUCACUAAGGAAAUAUUUCGGGAUUAUCAAAUGUAUUUGAACAGAUUAAAUCUGUACCGCCAAAGAAUUUGGAGUUGCAAAAUUAGUGGAAAAGCUCAUUUGACCUUUGAAGAGGCUUUGGUUUCAGAAAAAAAUGCAACUGAGAUGGUUCAACAGAUGCCUAAAGAGGUUGUGGCACCUGCAUUGCGUAUUAUACAAUACAGCAUGCUUACCCUGAAGGAUCUCGCUGACACAAUUGCUACAAAGCUGCAGGAAAAUUUGUUUGUGGGUGCUAUAUUGCAUGGAAAAAAGGGUGAUAGUCUCUGUCCUUGCAAGAUACUGAAAAUCCUGGAUAACGGUACUGUUAAAAUCCAAUAUGAAGUUGCAUGGCUUGCUAUGAAUAAUAAAAUUGUGGAAACUUCAGUUGUGAAUAGAGAAGAUCUAUUAUGGAAGAAGAUUCCCUUCAGUAGAAGGAUGCUGAAGCCUUUUAUUCGGGAAUCUACAUAUCGAAAUGGUCCCUGGGCACUUCAUAUCAAUUUGGCCAAAAAGCACGGAAUCUCAUGUGAUUUACCACCGGAGUUAAAAGGAAAAUUUUCCAUCAAAGAUGGAUUAUUGAUUUGCUGUAAGAAAAGAAAAGAUCUCGAAGAUCAAAAAAAUGCAGGGGAUGUUGAAAAGGAGAGUAAGAAACAUAAAAAGAAGAAAGUGGGAGAAGAUGAUCAGCCAAGUGAUGAUCCUAUCAAAUAUCCAAUUGAUGAUCUAUUGGUGCAACCUGGGGCCGAUGAUCCUGUCUUCACUAUUCGUCCUUCACCUUCAAGGGACUUCCAUAUUCAGAUGGAUUGUGUUGGUGAUCUUUUAAUGGUUUGGGAUUUUUGUACCUCUUUCAGCAAGAUGUUGCACUUGUGGCCAUUCUCUCUGGAAGAUUUUGAAAAUGCCAUCUUCCAUAAGGAUAGUAAUUUGAUUCUUCUGGUUGAAACACAUUCUUCUCUUUUCCAUUUGCUUAUAAAAGACCAUGGAGAAUAUUUCUUAGCUGUACAGAAAAGAAAUCGAAAGUUGAAGAUAACACUAACGAAUUGGACAGACUAUUUGUGUGAUUUCUUAGAGAUGAUCAACAAUCCUGAUCUAUCUGUGCAUGCUACAACAGUUAAGCGGGGUCAUUAUGGUCUUUUAGAUGUUCAAGCCAAAUUAGGUAUCCUUCGAGAGUUGGUUAAUCAUGUUCUUGACACAGAUCUCAUCAGAGAGAAGCUGGAUGAACAUAUUGAACAGCUGCAGCUGCUUGGAGCCACAAAGAGAGAGAAAAUAAUAGAAGAAGGUAGAAGGAGAAGGGAAGGGAAGGAAAAGUUUAAGGUGGAGAAUAAUGUUAAAGUAAUGAUUGGGAUUAGCAUGGAAAGAGUAGAAAACAACCCCAUGGUUUUAGAAAAUGAGAAACAUACUAGGGAGAAUGGAGAUAACGCAAAGAUAGGGAAAUGGGAGGUUGUUUCAUCCUCAGAAAAUCACAAAUCAGAUAAAAAGGAACAGAAGGAAAACUUUAAGGCCGAGACUGUUGAUACUUGCAGCAUAGAGCGUGUAGGAAACAACCAAAAUGGUUUGGAAAACCAGAAGCAUCCAAGGGAGAAUGGAAAUGCAGCAAAAAGAAGGAAGGGAGAUGAAAGCCAUGCAUCAGAUGAAAGUGAGACCUCUCAUUUGGACAUUGCUUCAAAGAAGAGCAAGCAAAAUGGGGAUGUGGAAGUCCUGGGCGAAGACAUAAAAAAUUCAUCGAGCAAAACAGGACUUGAACAGUUGAAGAAGGAGUGGAAGCACGCUGUAGAAAAGAGGAGCAAAGAGGAAAGGGCUAAAUUUUAUGAGAAGGAGAUGGAGAAACGAGUCUUACGCACGUGUUAUUUGGGUAAAGACAGAGACUACAACAGGUAUUGGUGGUUCCGACGCGAUGGGAGGAUCUUUGUUGAGAGCUCUGACUCCAAGCUGUGGGGCUACUAUAGCAACAAGGAAGAGCUUGAUGCAUUAAUGGGUUCACUAAAUUGCAAGGGUGAGAGGGAGAAGGAUUUUAAGAAUCAGCUGCAGAAAUUCCACGAUAGGAUAUGUAUUGUGCUUCAGAAGAGAUGGAAAGAUUUGGCUAACAAGAUUGAGUUGGAGGAGGCUGUGCUUCGAAGAUCUACUCGUGUAAGGGCACUGCCGAGGGAGAAUCAUCGCAAUUAUGUUAAUAAGUGGAAGGAAGACUAAGCGGUUUUGUGUUGGCCAUUUUUUCCACCAUUCCUAUACUCGCAGAUUUUAUCAUGAAAGGGUAGAGGAUUUUUUUGGGUACCUGAUUAUUGCUGAUACAUUCUUUUUGUUCCCUACGAGCUGACACUAGGAAGAGAAUUAUUUUGUUUUUGUAUAUCAGCCCAGGUUUCCGACCGAAUCUCAGGUAUGUGGUUCUCUUCAGCUUAGAUAAUUAUAACUUCUCUUUUCCUAUAAAUUUAGGGGAAGAACCUACAAUUUCUUCUUUUUUAAGCUAAGGUAUCGGACACUGGUAUUAAAUCUUGCCUAGCUACUUAAUUACACUUGAUGUCAACCGCUU